AUUACCUCAAUCAUAAGCCAACUCUAUCAACAGACAGAGAGUUAUUAGUAAUCUUGUAUAGGACACGGAGUAUAAAAAACGAAACUUUCAUUUUCUUGGGAGAAAAAAAUAUCCUCGUUCAAAAUGAAUAUCUUUACAAAAUUUAUUGGCCAUUACGAGGUGUACCCUCUUCUUGGAGCUGUUUGCGUCGGUGCAUCCGUUGGCGUUGCUGGACUGGUAAAAGCGUGUUUUUAUCGCGACGUGGUAUGGAAUCAUAAGUCUAACCCAGAACCAUGGCUGAACGUAAAGCAAACUGAAAACACAAAGUGGUACAAAACAAGUGACUAUUUCAAGGAUCGAAAAGAAUUACCCAAGAUUUACUAAAAGAUAUACGAAGAAACUUUCUUUCGUACAUAAACUGUAAUUAUUUUACUAAGAUUUCAUUGAAUAAUUUUAUAGUUAGAUUAUCAGGCAUACUAUGACGGCCAUGUAAUAAAUACCCUGUGUAUUUUCUAAAGGGGUAAAACCCCUAAAAUAUACGUACAUCCGUAGCUUAGAGUAAA